AUGGCAGCGAAAGGUUUCUGGCUGGAUAGUCAGGCCUUUCAAGCCCUGUGCCGUUCCGCGGAUGUGCCCACAUUAAUAAAGGGCCAUGUCUUUUUAUUGCUGAAUGACACACAAAGCGCAGCAGUUGACCGCGAGUCAGGCGCUCUGGACAGUACAGGCAGCGAUCCCUCGUCACAAUGGGUGAAGCGCUUCUGUACUGUGAAAGCGAAUUUGCUUGGUUUCGCGCCUCACAGCGACGCUCCAUUUGAAGGAGCUUAUCUUCUCGAGCAUGUCGACGUUAUUUCUCUCCCAGCUAAGGAAGCCCUAAUAAAACGAAUCAUUCCUGCUCUGCCCCCUGUUGGAGAAGGAGACCAUAUCGUUUACGUGACGAAUAAGAGGGACCGGGCUUACGGCAGGUCAAUUGUCCCUCUCGCUGUCGCUCUACCUUCUCGUGGAGCAGCCCAAUCAUGGAAGGCUGCCAUUUCAGAAGCUAACUUCUGGGAGGCUCGUACAGAGGCGGAACGGUUGACGGCGGAAUCGCGUAAGGAACUCUCUCUUGCGCGGCGUGGCCAGCACAAGAUGGACAUUUGUGUCUCCAAGCAAGAAGCAGAGCUCGAGAGCUUCGAACUGGAGAAGCAGGAACUGAUGUUGGAGAUCCAACGUCUCCGGGAAAAGGCAAGGAGGCUGCAGACGUCAGGAGAGGUCACGGAGAAGGCCGCGGCUGAAUACGUCGACCAGAAAGUGUCGGAGAUCUCUGCACUACAGUGCCAGCUUGCCGAGGAGCUCCGCCAAAAGGCGGUUCUAAAGGAAACACUAUCGGAGUUACGGGAACAUGCAAGCCGGCAGCAACGUCGAAUAAGUGGUAUUGAGGCAGAAAAUAGGCAGCUUGCUACCAGGUAUACGGAGCUGCUCAGAGACCUCGAGGAAGCCAACGACAAUCCGGCGCGAAUCGCACUGGUGGCAGCCCGCAGCAGGAGUUCGAAUCAGCGCCUCACUCUGGAAAACAAGAAGCUAAGGGAAGAAAACAAAGCGCUCACACGCCAUUUCCACGAGAUAGAGGGCAGAUUCGACCAGAAGCUGGCAAUGGUGCGGAAAGUGGCAGAGGCUGGAGACAUCUUUAAUUUCUUGAGGAAAUGGUUGCUCUGCAGCGAGAACAAGAUAAAGUUCUACGAGAUGGGCUAUAAGAUGAACAAGAAUGAGGCCAGCGACCAACGGCGAAAGAUACGAGAACUUCAGGAUGAACUGCGCAUUGCGGAAGCAGUUGCACGGUCCUCGUACAUCUCCGUUCGGUCUAUCCUUCUCGAUGAACAGCUGAAGUCGUACACAAAACACGCUGAAGUUCCCGAUGUAUUUUCAUUUGUCAAAACGUCUCUUGAACGAUUCGGCUGGAUUUUCGGAGAGAUCGAAGCCGUCCAACCUGUAGACCGUGUCUUCGGAGUCGAGCUCCCCCACUGGCUACAUGGUGGUGAACCUCCCUCGAAAGCUCCUCUGCUGGAGCGAAUUUACCCUAGUGGAGCUAUCGAGGGGAGCACUCGGUUUUCCUUGGUGAAGGGCGUUGACGUAAUGAAACCAGUCGAAAACAUGGUUCCUUUCAGCCGCUUCACAGCAGUGGAAACCUCACUGCGUCUUCUAGAGGUUGAUUUCAAAGAACUGGAGGAGAAUUACGCUGGCGCGAACGAAAAGCUUUCGGAGUGCCACAGAUUAAUCCAGGAUCUUCGAGAUGGGAAAGAAGGGGAUCCAUCUCGCUGGGAGCACGUGGGCGGGGAGCGUGGAACGGUGUUGAAACCGAUGUGA